AUGUGUGCGUAUAAUGCAGUUAAUGGCGUACCUGCCUGUGCCGAUAAGGGGAUGCUGACUGGAACACUCCGACAGGAGUGGGGCUUUUCCGGAUACGUUUCAGAUUGUGGAGCGGUGAGUUACGUCCACACCCGGCACAACUAUACUGAAUACCCCAGCCAAUCUGUCGCUGCUGUGUUGGAUGCAGGGGUGGACGUUGAAUGUUUUGUAUCCAAUACCAGCUACUACUCCAGUUACCUACAAGAAGCACUAAAUGAUGAUUUAGUUAAUCAAGACAUGUUGGACUUGGCUCUCGAACACGCCUUCCAAUUACUAAUGCGGCUUGGCUACUUUGAGAAGAACGCUACUCGCCCGUUCACUAACCUGCUGCCCGAAAUUGUUGAUAGCCAGCCUCAUCGAGACCUUUCAUUAACCGCUGCACGACAAAGUAUUGUACUCUUGAAAAAUUCCCCAACCAGAAAAACUGCCCAAACAAGGCGGCUACCCCUUGAACCCAACAAUCCACAAGAUAAACAAGCUACAAUAGCAUUAAUAGGACCUCACUUGAAUGCCUCGAUGGCUUUUCUGGCAAACUAUUACGGUGUUCCAUCCGUAUUAAAACCCCUCUGGAAGAAAUCCGCCUUCGAGUCCCAUCCGUUCAAUAUGAGUUCGGUUGUGAUCUUGUAUCCUUUGACAAUCCAAGGUUGGAAGAAGCCGCUGCCCUGGCUCGCGUAUCCCUACCCGUUAUACUUUUCGUUGGCAUUGCUGGAGGUCAUAAUGGUGUAG